UGUCAUGUGCGUCACACACAGACUUGCUGCUGAGCAGGAAACCAACUAAACGCUUUCAUUUUGCGCUUUCUUUCUCUGUCGAGCUCGCGAAUCUAACCACUUUACAGACAAUUUUCAAUAUGGUGAAAGUCUCUUUUAACAAGGCUCUCGCCAUAAAGGAUACAAAGAAGGAAUGUCUUAUUACUGGUGUACAGGAUACUGAGGCAGCAGUGUUGGUGCGUCCGCAGUCUAAGGUGUGGUGCUGGUGCUUCUGUCUGGGAUUGGCUCUCGUUCUCUCUGGCCUAGUGGUGGGAGGAGCCUACCUAUAUAGAUACCAUGUUCUUGAGAUGCAGGAGAUCGUGGAUGGCAGAGCAGAUAAUAGGAAGGAUACACACACAUCUAUGCCUUUGGAGGAGCAGGUGUUCAUCUGUGGGUUGAACUACUUUGAGGAAGACUACGAGUUUGAUGAGGAGGUGGAGGUUGAGACACCAAUGAGGCUGAUUGAAGAGAAUGUGAGCUUUUUCGAAGACGAUGAGGUGGAGCUCAUCAAAGUACCAGUCCCUGAGUUCGCAGACGGUGAUCCAGCUGGCAUCCUGCAUGACUUCACCAUGAAACUGACUGCUUACCUGGACAUGAAUCUGGACAGAUGCUACAUCAUCACCCUGAACACAUCUAUUGUCAUGCCGCCCAGAGAUUUCCAGGAGUUCCUGGUCAACGUCAAGGCAGGAAUGUAUCUUCCUCAGACAUACCUUGUGCGAGAGGAGAUGAUGAUUACAGAAAGGAUGGACAGCACCAGUGAUCUGGGCUAUUACAUCAAUAACCUGUGCAAAGACAAAGACACGUACAGACUGCAGCGUAGAGAAACCAUACUGGGUAUGCAGAAACGGGAGGCUCUGAACUGCCACAAGAUCCGCCAUUUUGAAAACAAGUUUGUGGUGGAGACUUUGAUCUGCGAGCCAUGAAGAACAUGAAUCUCUGACACAGCAGCAGAUCUUCAGCUCUUCCUUUCAUUCAGUGAUAAGAGUUUCUUUUGUGCCUGCUCUGUUUUUUUCCAAAGGCCUUUUUUUCACAUAUAUAUUUUUUAAAAUCUAGAAUGUGAAAUUGUUUUUCUGCACAAAGAGGUGUAUUAUUUGUGAGUGUACGUGUAAUCUCUAAUGCUAUUUUUUGAAUAUUAGGCCUAAUAAAGGAAUAAAGGGACGUAUUGUGUACAAAAACAAAAAAGGGGUAGCAAUAAUGAUUUUAGGCUAUAUAGAAGCCAAAUCAGAGUUUAGACAUUAAGUAAUUUAAUAACAAAGUUCAUUGUUUUAUUUAACAUUUGAUCCUGUUCAAAAGUUUCAGCAAAUUAGUGUAUAAUCCGGAUCACAAUGUUGCAGCAUCACAAUUUGAAGUGUUCUUGAAUUUGCGUUUAAUUUGCAGAUAUAUUUUGUAUAACCAUACAAACAGAGCUCUUCCUUUAAAAGACUAACAAUGUUCCUAUCUGAAAUGACUUCAUGUUCUAUGCUAAUCUGUAUAUAAGCUAAACAAUUUUCUGUCUUUAGACACAAGCUCCAUAUAAGGAAAAAAUAAAUAAAUAACCGGAAAAAUCUGACAAAA